CAGAGUAUAAGGGAGCCCGGGGAAGCUGGAGACAGUUUGGAGCCUGGGUGCACGCAACUCCAGCCAUGGUGCCUGCCUGGCUCUCCCUGAACCUCUGCCGCCUGGGCCUGUGGGCUUCUGGACUCCUCUUGAUCUUCGGCUUCCUCAAGCUCACCCGCCUGGUGCUGCGGAGACAGAAGCUGGCCAGGGCCUUGGACAACUUCCCAGGGCCCCCCACCCACUGGCUCUUCGGGCAUACCCAGGAGAUCCAGCAGACGGGGAGCUUGGACAAGGUCGUGUCCUGGGCCCAUCAGUUCCCCUAUGCCCACCAACUCUGGCUUGGCCAAUUCAUUGGCUUCCUGAACAUUUAUGAGCCCGACUAUGCCAAAGCUGUGUACAGCCGUGGGGACCCUAAAGCCCCGGAUGUGUAUGACUUCCUCCUUCCGUGGAUUGGGAAAGGCCUGCUGGUCCUGGAGGGGCCCAAGUGGUUCCAACACCGCAAGCUGCUCACACCCGGUUUCCAUUAUGAUGUGCUAAAGCCUUAUGUGGCCGUGUUUGCUGAGUCCACUCACGCCAUGCUGGACAAGUGGGAGGAGAAGGCUCGUGGUGAUAAGUGCUUUGACAUCUUCUGCGAUGUGGGCCACAUGGCGCUGGACACGCUCAUGAAGUGCACCUUUGGCAAAGAAGACAGUGGCCUGGGACAAAGGGACAGCAGCUACUACCUGGCAGUCAGCGACCUAACGCUGCUGUUGCAGCAGCGCCUCGAGUCCUUCCAGUAUCACAACGACUUCAUCUACGGGCUCACCCCCCACGGCCGCCGCUUCCUACGGGCCUGCCAGGUGGCCCACGACCACACAGACCAGGUCAUCAGGAAGCGGAAGGCAGCCCUGAAAGAUGAGAAGGAGAGGAAGAAGAUCCAGAACCGGAAAUACCUGGACUUCCUGGACAUUCUCCUUGGGGCCCAUGAUGAAGAUGGGAUCAAGCUGUCAGACGCAGACCUCCGGGCUGAGGUGGACACAUUCAUGUUUGAAGGCCAUGACACCACCACCAGUGGCAUCUCCUGGUUUCUCUACUGCAUGGCCUUGAACCCUGAGCACCAGCAGCGUUGUAGGGAGGAGGUUCAAGAGAUCCUAGGGGACCGGGACUCCUUCCAGUGGGACGAUCUGGGCAAGAUGACCUACCUGACCAUGUGCAUCAAGGAGAGCUUCCGCCUCUACCCACCUGUGCCCCAGGUGUACCGCCAGCUCAGCAAGCCUGUCAGCUUUGUGGAUGGCCGCUCUCUACCUGCAGGCAGCCUGAUCUCUCUGCACAUCUACGCCCUCCAUAGGAACGGCGCUGUGUGGCCUAACCCAGAGGUCUUUGAUCCCCUGCGCUUUUCCCCUGACAACGCAGCUGGACGCCACCCCUUCGCCUUCAUGCCCUUCUCUGCAGGGCCCAGGAACUGCAUUGGGCAGCAGUUUGCCAUGAACGAGAUGAAGGUGGUCACGGCCCUCUGUUUGCUCCGCUUUGAGUUCUCACCGGACCCCUUGCGGCCGCCCAUCCAGAUGCUCCAGCUGGUCCUGCGCUCCAAGAAUGGCAUCCACCUCCACCUGAAGGCCCUGGGCCCAGGGCCUGGGAAGCAGUUCAGACGAGAGUAGGGCCCCCAGCAGCCCAGGCUGGGACCUCUCUCUGGGCACAGGCCUCCCCAGGGAGCCCGUGGAUUAGCGGUAGCUCCCUGCCUUCAGGAGGCUUGUAGUUUAGAAAGAGAGCAGGCACUGACAUAGACAUUCACUGAGAGGGCAGUGCCAUGUACACACGUAUCUCUCUCAAUGCUUGUGAUACCUGUAAGUUAGAACUCAUUCACCCAACAAAUGUUUAGCGAGCACCUAGUCUCUUCUAGAAACUGCAUUUAUCUCCCAUAAUUGACAAUCUUUCUGAAAUGUACCAAACACUUACACCACAGCCUUAGUGAACACAUAGAGAACCCAGGAGCUCUUGUCUCGGGAGUCCUAGUCAUAACACAUCACUCCCCACGUUCCACAUGACAGAGGCUGGCUUUAGGGGCUGGCUCCUUCACUUCAAAUAAACAGAGGGAUGUGUUAUUUGUUCAA